AAGUUGUAGACGCGAGAAUGAGGAAGGGCAGGGCGUACGAGAUCAGAGGCUGCGUGCCAAGCUUCUUAGCGGUAAACCUGGCAGAGGAGGGUGAGGAUGGCUGCACAGAACGGCGAGGAUCGAAGUCGCGUUGAUUGAUCACGGCAGUAUGGUGGUAGUGGUGACGAUGACUUUGGUGAUGGUGAUGAUGGUCUUCACCGACAGAGGUACUCGAGGUGGUCCGUUCUGCACGUCGAAAACUAGGUCGGACCGCGUACAGGUCAAUGCUGAGGGGUGCACUAAAGAUAAUGGCGAGGUCAGUGAUGUCGAAGACAACAAUAGAACGAAGUCGCAAGCAACAAUUUGCGCGUCGAGAUGGGUUGGGAGAGUUGUCGAGCUGGUUGUACGGCUGGGGGUGGAGUUGAGUUUUUUUGAGAGAGGAAGGGAAGAAAAAAAAAGGAGGCAAUGGGGCGACGGGGAGACCAGCAACGGACGGGCAGAACGCGGAAGAGAGAGUAGACUCCAGAGGGGACAGGGGAAGUUGACAACAGAAAUGGCACGUACCUUUGGUGAGUUAGAGGGUUGAGAGAGGGAUGGAAUAAAUUGAGGAUGAAGGAAGAGCGCAAAAGAAAAUGAGUGAGGAAGUAGUAGAGUGUAAGAAAGUGAGAGAGAGCGUGUGUUGGGUGUUGGGUGUUGGGUAUGUGUUGGUGUAAGUGUAAGUGAGAGAGUAGAGUGAGUGAGUGAGAGAGUGAGUGAAAGGUACAAAAGGUACUUCUUCCCUCUGUAGAUGCGCGUGUU